AUGCCUGAAAUAACAUGUCCCACCUGCAAUAAAAAGCUCACAUCAAUCACUGGUUAUAGCCAGCAUCUUGCAAAAACUACCAAUCCUGCUUGUCGUACCCUCUACCUUUCUUUGCAGCAAUUUGCCCCAAACCCACCGGACGAUGGAGAUAUAGGUGCGCCUGAUCCAUGUCAUGCACUGCACUUUGAAGGCAAUUUCUUUGGAACAUAUGCUGAGGAUGAGCUCACAUGGCCAGAGUCAGAUGAUGAGGGGGAUAUUGGUGAAGUGCCUAUGGACAAAGAUGACUCAGAUGGUGACAUAGAUGACAACGACGAAUGGGAACCUCCUGUAGUCUCAACAGCAUUCUCAAAACUUGUCUCUAUUGAGGGUGUAAGUCUGGGCUUCUGCCGACCAAAAUUUAAACAUGAUCAGGUCGUCAUUGCCAAUAAAGUGUUCGAUGUCUACUAUUGUGAUAUCAUUGAAUGUAUCAAGGCUCUUCUCAAUGAUCCAAAUUUUGCUGAAUUUCUGGUCUUUGCACCUGAAUGCCACUAUGCCGAUGAAGAUAAGACAGUUUGUUUACAUCAUGAGAUGAAUACUGGAAAAUGGUGGUGGAAUAGUCAGAAACACCUAGACUGUGAGUGCCCCAGUGCUACAAUAAUUCCCGUUAUCAUUCCAUCCGACAAGACUCAAGUUACGAUGUCUCACAACAAGACAGCAUACCCUGUCUAUAUGACUAUUGGAAACAUCCUGAAGGAGAUUCGUCGGAAACCAUCACGCCAGGCACAUAUCCUUCUUGUAUACCUUCCAACUACUCGCCUUGAACAUGUUACCAACAAAGCCGCUCAUCGACGGGUGCUCGCCAAUUUAUAUCACACUUGUGUGGAACAUGUACUUGCUCCACUCACAGCUGCCGGCAUUACUCAUCCUUUGUUCGCGUGCUUUGCGGGAGACUACCCAGAGCAAGUUCUAGCUACUGGAGUCAAGACAACUGAAUGUCCGAAGUGUGAUGUUCCAUCUGAUGAGCUGAGUCUAGCAACUGGUAUCGCAAACUGGCAAUUGUGCACAUGCGCAGAUGCUGGCAUUAAGCCUAUUGUCCACCCAUUCUGGGAGGAACUACCAUUCAUCAAUAUAUUUGAAUCUAUAACUCCCAAUGUUCUGCAUCAACUAUACCAAGGGCUCAUAAAGCAUCUCCUCACUUGGCUUUCUGAUGUAUGUGGUAGCACAGAGAUUGAUGCACAAUACUUUUUAUAUUUUGCUCAGUACCCAUGUCACAGUUCUGAGACACUGGUCUUACUUGACAAGGCACUUAAUCUUUUCCACAAAAACAAAGACAUCUUUAUCGACCUCAGCAUUCAGAAUUUGUUUAACUUGCCAAAGCUCCACUCCAUGGCUCACUACACCCACAUAAUUCGAAUGUAUGGCACUACAGACAACUAUAAUACUGAAUACACUGAACACCUUCACAUUGACCUCACUACAGAUGCUUAUCGCUCUAUGAACCACAAAAGCGAGUUUGCUCAAAUGACUACUUGGCUUGAACGGAGAGAGAAAAUUUUACAUCACGACAAAUACAUUUAUGCAUGUCCUCAUCAUCAGCCCCAUCCCCCAGAUAUGUCAUUUUGUCAUAUACAAAUGAUGAUGAAGUGUCCUACCAUCAAAGCAGUCACAUUAGACAAGGUCACGAAUACAUAUGGUGCCACACACUUUAACAAAUCUCUCACACAUUAUGUUGUGAAAGCUACACUUCCUGCCAACACUAGCAUUAUGGCCAGGCAGCUCGAAGAUCAAGCAGCCGAUAUACACAUCCCAUUUCAAACGGGAUUGGUCUUUCACAAGGUGAAAUGGCUCUCCACUGAUGUUCAUGGUCAUGGUGAUCCUCCAGUCACAGUCAAUAGUGUUCAUGCAUGUCCUGGAUGUCCAGGAACAUUUACAUCUCACAAUGUUGCACCAAGAUUUGAUACUGUGUCUUGGGGGCCCCUGUUCCCCCCUGCACCUCUAGAUUCAUGA